UGCGACGUUAAAGGCUACAGGCGAAACCAGCUCUUUCUUUUUCCUCUUGGCCAUCCAGUCGACGUUUCGAGAGUGGGCCGGUCCAGCAGCACCGCAGAGGCCUUAAAGUACUACGACACUUUGUGAAAAGAGAAGCCAUGGCCAAGGCACCAGCAGUUGGUAUUGAUCUGGGCACCACCUACUCUUGUGUAGGCGUGUUCCAGCACGGCAAAGUGGAGAUCAUUGCCAAUGACCAGGGUAACAGGACCACGCCCAGCUACGUUGCCUUCACAGACACGGAGAGGCUGAUUGGCGACGCAGCGAGGAACCAAGUCGCCCUGAAUCCUAGCAACACCGUGUUUGAUGCCAAGCGACUCAUUGGCCGGCACUUUAAAGAUGAUGUGGUUCAGUCCGAUAUGAAGCACUGGCCCUUCACUGUCGUUGAUGAUAACUCGCGUCCCAAAGUCAAGGUGGAGUACAAGGGCGAGACCAAGACCUUCUACCCUGAGGAGAUCUCCUCCAUGGUUCUCCUUAAAAUGAAGGAGAUUGCAGAGGCGUACCUUGGCAAGCCCGUAACCAGCGCCGUGGUGACCGUGCCGGCCUACUUCAAUGACUCUCAGCGUCAGGCUACCAAAGAUGCUGGAACCAUCUCCGGACUCAAUGUCCUUCGUAUCAUCAACGAGCCCACCGCAGCAGCCAUCGCUUAUGGCCUGGACAAGAAGGUCGGCAGCGAAAAAAAUGUCCUCAUCUUUGACCUGGGUGGCGGCACCUUUGAUGUGUCCAUCUUGGCCAUUGAGGAUGGCAUCUUUGAGGUCAAGUCAACGGCGGGUGACACUCAUCUGGGCGGCGAGGACUUUGACAACCGCUUGGUCAACCACUUCAUCGCCGAGUUCAAGCGCAAGCACAAGAAGGACAUCAGCGACAACAAACGAGCCGUGCGGCGCCUGCGCACGGCGUGCGAGCGGGCCAAGCGCACGUUGUCUUCCAGCUCGCAGGCCAGCGUCGAGAUCGACUCGCUCUUCGAGGGCAUCGACUUCUAUACCUCGAUCACCAGGGCCCGCUUUGAGGAGCUCAACGGAGAUCUGUUCCGCGGCACCCUGGAACCCGUGGAGAAAUCACUGCGUGACGCCAAGCUGGAUAAGUCGGCCAUCCACGAAAUCGUCCUAGUGGGAGGCUCCACUCGCAUUCCCAAGAUCCAGAAGCUGCUGAAGGACUUUUUCAAUGGGAAGGAAUUGAACAAGAGCAUCAAUCCCGACGAGGCAGUGGCCUACGGCGCAGCCGUGCAGGCCGCCAUCCUGUCUGGUGACAAGUCUGAGCAAGUUCAGGACCUGCUGCUGCUGGACGUUACCCCCUUGUCUCUUGGCAUUGAGACGGCCGGCGGCGUUAUGACGGCACUUAUCAAGAGGAACACCACCAUCCCCACCAAACAGAAUCAAAUCUUCACCACCUACGCUGACAACCAGCCCGGCGUGCUCAUUCAGGUGUAUGAGGGCGAAAGAGCCAUGACCAAAGACAACAACAUUCUGGGGAAAUUUGAGCUAGGCGGGAUCCCCCCAGCACCCCGAGGCGUUCCUCAAAUCGAGGUGACCUUCGACAUUGAUGCCAAUGGCAUCUUGAACGUCAGCGCGGCUGACAAGAGCACCGGCAAGGAGAACAAGAUCACCAUCACAAAUGACAAAGGUCGCCUGAGCAAGGAAGACAUUGAACGCAUGGUGCACGAAGCGGAGCAGUAUAAGGCGGAGGAUGACGUGCAGAGAGAAAAGGUGGCUGCCAAGAAUGCCCUGGAGUCAUACGCCUUCAACAUGAAGAGCACCAUCGAGGAUGAAAAGCUUAAGGACAAGAUAAGCGAGGAAGACAAGCAGAAGAUUCUGGACAAGUGCAAUGAUGUCAUCAAGUGGCUGGAUGGGAACCAGUCUGCAGAGAAAGAGGAGUUUGAUCACCAGCAGAAGGAACUGGAGAAGGUGUGCAACCCUGUCAUGACCAAGCUGUACCAGGGGGCAGGCGGCAUGCCAGGGGGAAUGCCAGGAGGAAUGCCGGGAGGCGGAGCUUUCCCAGGUGGUGCUCCCGGAGGAGGCUCUGGCUCUUCAGGACCCACCAUUGAGGAGGUGGACUAAAUCCAACUCCAGUCCACCAUGACAGAUGUUGUAUGCCUUACCAUCUGUCAGCAGCUUCUUUUGACUCACUCUUUGUCUCUCAUGGCUUUUGAGGUACUUUCUUUGGCUUUGGGCUCUCUUUGCACACAAACCAACUCUUUGAUGUUGCACUUUUAUUCCAUUCUGUCUUUUUGACUAUAAAACUUUUCCUUAAUAAAAUUGCACAAAACUCA